AGAAGACACAUACAUUUCAUUCCUACUUGGCAUUAGCUCCUCUUCUAUUUGCUAGAUCCGGCUCUUGUGAUUCGGCAUCUAGUUUGCAACUAAGAUGGUGUAUUGCGGAAUACCGAGCAAAGCGUGUGAAAACUGCAGAAAAGCACAUAAAAAGUGCGACGAAAAGUAUCCACAGUGUUCGCGUUGUUUGAAUCUGGGGAAGAUCUGCUCUGGUUACAGAGAUCAAUCAAGCCUAUUGUUUCGGGACGAGACGUCCAAGACAAAAGACAAGAUCCGGCAGCGUAAGAGAUUGGAACAUGGCAGAGAAACCCAGUGGUUGAAGAAUGCGGCUUCGUCGGUCACAAUGACAUCUUUUAUGAAAUGCAUGGCUCCCCAUCCUCCAUUGCUCCCUUCAAAGGAACAGAUCGCGAUAUGUCACUUCUAUCAUUCUACAAUUGAGAACUUAUCAGUUGAGGAUCCAACACUCUACCUCCAAGAACAACUACCUCGUCUUCAUGCAGCAUGCAACCAGGGGUCAGCUUUGCAUUUGGCAUUGGAGGCAGUGUCACUUGUUGGUUCUGCGGAAAUCAUACCCCAGGCUAACCAACUUGGGCUGGGUCGAUACCUCAAAGCCGUUCAAGCCCUGAGAGAAGCGAUACAGACUGAGCGCCUGAGCUCAGAUUGCCAGGCGUUGUAUGGUGUUCUACUCCUUUGUGGUUAUGAGACAAUCACUGGACAUUCGUCUAUGUCUUCGGCAUGGGGGGCCCAUGUGGAUGGGGCUUUGGCUCUUCUGAAGCUUCAGGCAAAUCAUGUUGACUCUCCCUUCUUACGCAGCAUGUAUUUCUUCAUUCAGAAGAACGUAGUUAUGAGCCAGAUGCAGAUCUGCCAACCUGUUGAUGAACUUUUCACUCAACGGUCUCCCUCUUCAUGUCAAGACCCAGAGAUCCGCCUGUUUUCAGUAGCAGCUGGCAUACCACGGCUUCAACACCAAAGCAUCGAUCUUGCGCAACUCGGGACGAUUGAAAUGGAAAGAAUGAUCUACGAUGCUGGUGCCUUGGAUUUUCAACUAUCCACUUGGGCAAAAAGCCUCCCCCCUGCUUGGGCUUACGCCACCGCACUGAAUAUCAACAGUGAUACACGCUCGGAAUAUGCUCCGCGAAACGUCCACAGAUAUGCUCACUUUUACAUGGCCCGAGUAUGGAAUUUCUACCGUGUCUCGCAGCUUAUCCUUCAUUCAAUUCGACUCCGCGCAACCUCUAUUUUGCCUUCAUCGUUAGACACCAAGCUGGGAAUGAACAAGCUGGGAAGUUCUCUCUCGUAUGGCCCUUGUACGUUGCCUGCAGCGCCUCGGAAGUACCCCAAAGACAGAAAGAUUGGAUACGCAAACAGCUUCAAUGUCUUGCAGAAGGCGGUAUUCCUAUUGCCCAAACCGUUUGCAACGCGGAGAGCCAGAUACUUCUUGGCAGGCCUGAGGUAUUUCGCUUUGAUUGCGUAUAAAGCCUUGGGCUACGUUUAA